AACAUGGCCAAGAAAAAAAAAGAUGUAGGUGAUGGGUCUUCACCAGAAAUAGACCCUUGUGAGCUUAACUAUCAGUGUAAUGCAUUGCUUUUUUUUUCUUUUUUUUUUUUCUCAAUUCCGCUGGCAAUAAACCACAAACUGAGCUCUGACAUUGAGUUUUUUUAAGCUUAUUUCAACUCUCACACACAUAAGUAAUGAAGAGUUGAAGCUAGGGGUUUUGUGCUGAGGACUUCUCUUCUUACCAGCUGCUUUCUGAAAUGAUUGGAGCAAUUGGUGGAUGGUUCCUUAGCCUUCCAAAGGUAGCUUACAAAUGAUUUGAAGUAUUGAUUCUUUCUGAGCCUCACCAGACUAUUCUUGCAAAAUUCAUUGCUGUUGGUUCGUGAAUAAGUCAGGUCACAUAAGAAACACUGUAAGAACACUGCGGAGUUGGUGAGAAGCAAGUGCUCCACUGUGAUUCUUGUCCUGCACGAGGAAAAUGGGCUGUGAUCGGAACUGUGGGCUCAUUGCUGGAGCUGUCAUUGGUGCAGUCUUGGCUGUGUUUGGGGGCAUUCUCAUGCCAGUUGGAGACAUGCUCAUUGAGAAGACAAUCAAAAAGGAAGUUGUCCUUGAAGAAGGAACAAUUGCUUUCAAAAACUGGGUUAAAACAGGCACCAAUGUGUACAGACAGUUUUGGAUCUUUGAUGUGCAGAACCCAGAUGAAGUGGCAUUGAACAGUAGCAAAAUCAAAGUUAAGCAGAGAGGUCCUUACACAUACAGAGUUCGUUAUCUAGCCAAGGAGAAUAUAACUCAGGACCCUGAGGACCACACUGUCUCUUUUGUACAGCCCAAUGGAGCAAUCUUUGAGCCUUCCCUGUCUGUCGGGACCGAGAAUGACAGCUUCACCGUUCUCAAUCUGGCUGUGGCAGCUGCACCACAUAUAUACACAAACUCAUUUGUUCAAUCUGUGCUCAAUUCACUUAUCAAAAAGUCCAAGUCUUCUAUGUUCCAAACAAGAACUUUGAAAGAGCUGCUGUGGGGUUACAAGGAUCCGUUCUUGAGUUUGGUUCCAUAUCCUAUUUCCACCACGGUUGGAGUGUUUUAUCCUUACAAUAAUACUGUAGAUGGAGUUUAUAAAGUUUUCAAUGGAAAGGAUAACAUAAGCAAUGUUGCCAUAAUUGAGUCCUAUAAAGGAAAAAGGAAUUUGUCCUACUGGCCAAGUUAUUGUGACAUGAUUAAUGGCACAGAUGCAGCCUCUUUCCCACCUUUUGUUGAGAAGUCUCGGAUACUGAGGUUCUUUUCCUCUGACAUUUGCAGGUCCAUCUAUGCUGUGUUUGGAUCUGAUGUUGACCUUAAAGGAAUCCCUGUGUACAGAUUUAUUCUUCCAUCCAAGGCCUUUGCCUCACCACUGCAGAAUCCAGACAACCACUGCUUCUGCACUGAAAAGAUCAUCUCAAAGAACUGUACAUCAUAUGGUGUGCUAGACAUCGGCAAAUGCAAAGAAGGAAAGCCUGUGUACAUCUCCCUUCCACAUUUCCUACAUGCAAGUCCUGAUGUUUCAGAACCUAUUGAAGGCUUAAACCCAAAUGAGGAAGAGCAUAGGACAUACUUGGAUGUGGAGCCUAUAACUGGAUUCACUCUACAAUUUGCAAAACGACUGCAGGUCAACAUACUGGUCAAGCCAGCCAAAAAAAUCGAAGCAUUAAAGCAUCUGAAGAGAAAUUAUAUGGUACCUAUACUUUGGCUUAAUGAGACUGGAACUAUUGGUGAUGAGAAAGCAGAAAUGUUCAGAAGUCAAGUGACUGGAAAAAUAAAGCUUCUUGGCCUGGUAGAAAUGGUCUUGCUUGGGCUAGGAGUGGUGAUGUUUGUUGCUUUUAUGAUUUCAUACUGUGCUUGCAGAUCCAAGAAUGGAAAAUAAGUAGUAAAUGAGCCUACAUUUAUGCACCAGCUACAUAAAGAUCUUUGAAAGAACCAAUCUACAAAUGGAGACUUAAUAUAUGCUUUGUUUUUAUAAAACACAUCUAUCUUUAGUUGAAGAAAUGGUGGUGUUCUCUCUCUCUCUCUCUCUUUCUCUCUCUCUCUCUCUCUCUCUCUCUC